GGCACGAUGCUGCUCUCCCUCUCCCACAGCAUGGAUCUACCGGCGAAGCUCCACCUGCAGCAAGCCAAAGCGGAGAAGCAGCCAUUCGAGAAGCUGUACCGACUGGACUCGGUGCUCGGUACCGGGGGGUUCGGCACCGUCUACUCUGCUGUCCGCCUGGCCGACGGGCUGCCGGUGGCGGUAAAACAUGUGUGCAGGGACAGAGUUACAGAAUGGGGCAGCUUGUGUGGCGCUGUGGUUCCCCUGGAGAUUGUGCUGAUGCAGAAAGUGGGUGGUGCCUUUGGCGGCGUUGUGCGUCUGCUGGACUGGUGGGAGCGGGUCGACAGCUGGUUGAUGGUGAUGGAGCGUCCCGAGUCAGCACAGGACCUUUUUGAUUACAUCACGGAGCGUGGAGCGCUGGAUGAGGCGGAGGCCUGUGGCUUCUUCCUGCAGGUGGUGGAGGCGGUGCGUCACUGCUACACCUGCAGUGUCGUCCACCGAGACAUCAAGGAUGAAAAUCUGCUGGUGGACCUCAGGACCGGACAGAUCAAACUUAUCGACUUCGGCUCUGGGGCCCUGCUCAAAGAAACCGCCUACACCGACUUUGAUGGAACACGGGUUUACAGUCCUCCGGAGUGGAUCCGUUUCCGCCGGUACCAUGGCCGCUCGGCCACCGUGUGGUCGCUUGGCGUGCUGCUGUACGACAUGGUUUGUGGGGAUAUCCCCUUCGAACAGGACGACGAGAUCUUGAGAGGACAGAUCUUCUUCAGACGCAAAAUCUCCACAGAGUGCCAGCAGCUGAUUGGCUGGUGUCUUAGCCAGCAACCAUCUGACCGGCCAACCCUGGAGCAGAUCCUCCUCCACCCCUGGGUUACCAGCAGCGAUGGUCAGCAGACAGACGGCAUCAUCUCGUUUCACACCGUUGCAGCUGAUUCCUCAUCUCCCACAGCCUCUUCCUUGAGCCAGCAGAGCUCCUGA